AUGCCAUUCCAUUCAGCUAUAAUAGCAGCUCCUCAAGUAGCUACGUUCAGCCAUGGCUACACCAGCACAGAGACUGGCUCUCCGUUCAUCCAUUGCAUCACUCCUGAUAUCAAUGCUACCGUGGCGUCGGGGCGUUACGUGUACCCCCACAACAAUAGAAGCGACCCUGCAGAUGACCCUCCCCCAAGAUUCAUCGACCAUGGCAAUGGAUACUACGUCACAUCCCUCAACACAUCCUCACAUCGAUCGUAUGGUGUAUUCUACUGUGACGUCACAUUUCAAGAUGGACAACGCACAGUGGUCCAGACAAUCUUUGUCAGAUCCGAUGCUAAGUUUGUUCCAACAACAGGCAGGUUUACCAAAACAGUCAACAAGGGCGACGUGAACGUUACCGUGGAUUUCACCGAGGUUACUCCGAGUGAUGCAGUACAGAUCUGGAGGUUUCAUGGUACAAUGGCGGACCCCUCGAAGACUCUUUUCUCUUCCGCUUCUACUGAUCGACAAACGACAGUGUACAUCAUCCCAGGAGAAGUAGAUACUCCCAACGCUGGUGUCUAUGAGCUUCACUCGGAAGGCGAAAGGGAGCUGGCACGCGGGGGAUUGCUGAGACUCAUUGUCAGAGAGUGUAACCGGGGUCAGUUUGGUGCUAGCUGUACCGAGACAUGUCACUGUGUGUCAGGAGAGUGUAACCGGUUCACUGGAGUCUGCACGGGAGAUUCUACCGAGUGUGAACGAGGUAGGACAGGGGUAAACUGCCAAGAAUGCCACAUUGGAAGAUAUGGACCAAACUGUGAUCUGUUUACCUUGGUGUAUGACAACGCCAACAAGGGGGAGUUCGCCGAGUUUUACUGCACCCUCGAAGGUGUAAAUUUCAUCUCUACAGCUCAACCAGUUUUCAAGCUCUACGGAAAAUUCGAUAACGAAAGUUUCAACGAGAUAAACAUCACAUCCAGUGAAAAAGGCAUCGACAACCAAAAUCAAGAAGUUAGAUUUUUGGUCAAUAAUGUGGUUGGAGGGAUAUUUUACUGUACUCUCUCUGAUGUCAACAACUUCAGGACUGAGGAUCUAGUAGCCGAUGGUCCAUUAAUUCCACCCGAGAUUCCAAGUCCACCUGUUGUGAGUGGAUCGACCAAUGACUCCGUAACGCUGAUAUGGAACGUCUGGGAUGCUACAACAGAUAUUGGUGAUCCUCCUCUAGAGAGGUACCGUGUGUUCCACAGGCUGGUCAGCUCACCAUCACAUGACCUUCAGGAAUUGGUCAAGACUGACCUCCUAGCACCAUCUGAAACAGUGGCUGGUCUAAAUCCAGACACGAACUACGUGUUUGGUGUAGCAGCAGUGAGACCUGGACCGGGAGGCCAAGGGGCCAGACUGGACGUUCGUGGAAGAACGAAGUGUACUCCACCCUCCGGUAUUCCAGUGUCAUUCACAACUUCUUCGUCCAAGAUUCCCGGAACAAUACUAGUCACUUGGCAGAAUCCGCCAACUGCCGACGCCAAUUGUCGAGGUGGGUUCACAGGUGUCAGAAUACACUGGGAAGCCGUUGGAUCUACUUCAAUCCCCGAGGGUAAAGUUGAUGUCCAUCUGAACGCAUAUAGUGGGUAUUACUUGACUUCACUGGACGCGAAUACCAAGUAUGUUUUAUCCGCUGCAAUGCUAAACCGCGAUGGAGAGGGCCGGAGGAGUGAGCAGUCUGAGGCUGUACUUUUUGAAGAAAACAUUCCAGAGGCAAAGCAGUACUCACUGGGUACUGUUCUAUCAGCUAGCAUCAUCCCUUCAAUCAUAGCUCCCCUUUGUGCCAUCUUCAUUUUGAUCUUCCUUUUUCGAAAACGUUUAUGUAAAGUAGGAUCCUCUGAACAAGAAGAGCAUGAGAUGGCCACCGUACGAAGUACCACACCAACCGAUCCUCCAGGAACGGAUGCAUACAUGGAACUGGAACUCUAUGAACGAGUAUCCGACGAUGGAACCGGUUACCAAGAACUUGAUCUGAAAGCGGGUCAUUCGAAAAACCGUACCCAUGAUUCGACAGAUUAUCUUAAUGUUCCGAAGGGUCCGAUCGGUAGGAAAAAUUUCUUAGCUCGGAAUAAGGCGUCUGCCGAUAGCCAGACAUGCCAGAAGUGCAAUAACUCUAAAGAAAAUGCUACAAAUUAGCGUCCGUCCUGUCUUUCUGGCACCCCCAAAAACGAAGUGUAAAUUAUUUAGAGAUAUAUUCACAUGACCAAAACUAAAUGAACUGAAUUACCAUAAUUUUUUAUUUUUUUAUUUAGCAGCUAAGUUUCCAUUGAUACAUAUAUAUAUACACACAUGGCAUUAUCUGUUACAUGUAUUAGAAUAACAGAUCCAUAUAAUUUGAAAAUACAUAACAUCACAAAGGUAAACGUUUAAAGGUUGAAAAUAGCAU